AUGGUGGGGAGUCCCAGAUUUAAACCUAGUGGGAGUAUCCCCCCGCAGAGGGACAACAAUGUGAGAUUUUAGAUUGGAUCAAUGAGACAUCGUCUUCUCUGCUGGAAGAAGCUGCUCCAGGACGAGGCAGGUGGCACAGUAAAGCACGGUAAAUCAACCUGCUGUCACGGGGACAGAAUGACAGGCUCAGUGUGACAUUUCAGUGCAUAUUAUAUCUCCAGCCCUCCGGUAUCCUCGUGUGACCUGCUGCAGAUUAACUAUUUUGAACACUGCCGGGCUGCAUAGUGUUGGCCAGCAUUGAGUUUUGAUGUGAACAACCAAGCAGAACAAUAAAUCCCUUCUGGACCGUAUAGAUGCACAAAAAAAAAAGAAAGAAAGAAAAUAGAAAAGAAAACGGGUGGAAAAAAAGAAGUGCAUGGAUGAGUUGCUCUGCGAUGGGUUUAUAUCAAAGCAAGACGUUGCUGUAAGGUGCAGCGAGCAGCCGAUGCUGAUGGUUUUGAUCAGAUGAUUAGAGCUGGUUACCACUGGAGAGUUGCUUUGAGGAGGUAAAUGUGCUUUCUGAGAUUACAGAGUUCAAAACAGAGACUGUGACUCUUUGCUACACAAUUGUGUGUGUGCGUGAUUGUAAGACAAAGAAAGAGACCGAAAAUGAGGGAGAGUGUGUUUGUGCAUGCAUUAAGCAGACAAGAGAGAGGUCCUUGAGGCAACCUGAACAUCUUUUAUCACAUCUUUAAUUAAUUGAAGCCCAUAAUAGAAGCUGCUGCAGUCCCGCAGAAUAGACACAGUUGAAUGGAUAAUAGCUGGGGAUGAAGAGAUACGCUUGUUUUUGCUUGCUUUCUUGUCAAUCCUCCCUUGCCAUUUCACAGUUAUAUGCUUUAACAGCACAUCUGGAGCUGCUGUCAGUCUCCGCUUUGAGAAUAAAGUGCAUUAACCAAGAAGAGAGAAAUGUUUUCCCCUUUUUUCCCCAUCUUCUCUUUUCAGGUUCUGCCUCUGAAGACCUACUGUAAAGCCGUCAUGGGCCUCUUGUGGUUCUCCAGACUAAUCCUGAUCAUCCUAGUCCUCAUCCCUCAGCCGUCCCUGGGCUGUCCCUCCGGCUGUCGCUGCUACAGCCUCACAGUGGAGUGCGGAUCUCUCGGGGUCAAAGAAAUCCCACAGGGCAUCCCGUCUGUCACCGAGACCAUUUUCCUCCAGGACAACGCGAUAGUGCAGAUCCGUCUUCAAGACCUGACUCGCCUUGGCAGCCUCCAUUAUCUAUACCUGCAGAACAACAGCAUCUCAGCCCUGGAGCCCGGGGCUUUUCUCGGGCAGGGGCAGCUGCUGGAGCUGGCCCUUAAUGGUAACCUCAUCCACCUGGUUACCUCUGAUAUGUUUCGGGGUCUGGAGCACCUAAGGAUCCUGUAUCUCGCCGGCAACCAGAUCACUCGAGUCCAGGACCACACCUUCAGAGGACUACAGCGUCUGCAGGAACUCCACUUGCAAGAAAACAGCAUUGAGCUUCUAGCUGAGCAAGCCUUGUCUGGAUUGUCGUCUCUGGCCUUGCUGGACCUCAGCAGGAAUCACCUCCGCACCCUGGGAGCCUCAUCACUCAAACCGCUUGUCAGUCUGCAGGUGCUCCGUGUUACAGAGAACCCAUGGCGCUGUGAUUGUGCUCUUGGCUGGCUGAGAACCUGGAUAAGCGAAGACGGACAGCGUCUCUUGAGUUCUGCAGAGCAGCGUCGGCUAAUGUGCUCCGAACCUCCUCGCCUCUCCCACCUCAGCCUGGUGGAGGUACCUCCAAACAGUCUGGUCUGCAUCCCUCCAGUAGUGCAGCUCGAGCCAAGCCACCUGACCGUUCGCCUAGGAGAGAGUCUUCGAGUCUCCUGCCAGGCCUCAGGAUACCCUCAGCCUCAAGUGACUUGGAAAAAAGCCUCCCAUGGUAAACCACAGUUGUCACCUCGAGGCCUGGUUCAAGAGCUGGGACCCAAUGGGGAGCUGUUUAGGCCUGGGACAGGUGGAGCGGUGACAGCCUUACCAAGCAGUGGAGGGAUCAAGGUGGGAGGUGUUGGAGCAAUCCACGGGCCUGUACGUGGAACUGAGGAAGGUGGCGAGAGGGACAGCUUCGAUCCAGACAUGGGCAGCGGCAUGCUGUUUCUCAGCAAUGUCACCGUAGCACAUGCUGGGCGCUACGAAUGCGAGGCCUGGAACCCUGGUGGUGUGGCUAGGGUUACUUUCCACCUAGCAGUCAACAUGUCUUCUUCCUCCUAUUCAUCUCAGUUUUGGCCUCGUUUGAACACUCACUCCUAUGUUUCAUCUUCGUCCAACUCCUUUUACCAGCCUGAGGUUGUGGAUGUUAGCCAGGAGCCUCUGUAUGAGCAAGACAGCAUGGACUUUAAUGCCCUGGGCCCUGCCACACAGACUGCUAUUGCUGUUGGCAUCUCCUUGCUGGCACUCACUGCUGUUCUCCUCUUGAUUAUGAUCUACACUCGUCACCAGCAGUAUCAGAAAGAUGACACUGGCUCCUAUUGCACGAGCAAGGAAGAGAGCAUCCUCUAUGUGAACGACUACUCUGACGGACCCACCACCUUUGCGCAGCUGGAGGAGUACCGCGAUGACCAUGGCCACGAGAUGUACGUACUCAACCGAGCCAAGCCGGUCCUGGGUUCCACUUCGUCUGCAUGUCCCAUGAUGAGCGGGUUUGUCCAACAGAAGGGCAUGAAGGAGGCUCUCCUCGAUCACGAAAUGGUUCAGACUCUGACACGAUCGGGGGGAUUGGGACUACGCAGAAACCCAGCGGACGGGGGAGAGGGGCCCCUAACAACAGACCCAGAAGAGCUCUUCCUCAGUCAGAGUCUCCUGUUCGGAUCACAGGUUGCCUAUGAGAUCCAUUGUUAAGGAGUCAUUAUUAUGCUCUGGCAUGAAACAAUAUGUUGAUGGACUUUUAAUUAAAGACAAUAAUGGAAAUCACCUUGGUGCAGUGAUUUGAAGCAUCAGAUUAUUAUCUGGCCUUUUAAAGAGGGGAGAUUGUCAGUCAGUAAUUUCUGGGGGAACCUGGUUCACAAGUGGCCUCUGAGAGAGCUUCUUGAUUGAUUGUAUGACACUCGUGAUGGGUUAAGAAGACUGACGAUUGAAAGGGAAAUAACACAUGAACCACAGCUUUCUGUCUCAAAAUCAACCCUUUAAGGAUAACUCUAGGUGGCUAACCUCGUCAGAAAUGUUUAGUUACACUAAAAAGAGGCUGAAACGAUGCAGCACACAGUGUCUACUUUAUUCCAAUUUCGUUCGUUACGCUUUACUUUUCGUGUUUCGUCUAUGUUUUGUGUAAUAUAUUACAAAGUUAAUUCUCAGAGUGAAGUACAGUUGUUUUGUGAAUCCUGCUACACAUCCCAUUAGAAUUAGGCCUAAAGCAAUCCUCUUACUGAAACUACAUUAACAUUACCCAUAUGUGCGAGUGGGUGUGGGUAGGUGGAUUUGUUUAUAGAGGUUCAUUGUGAAUGCAGAAAUCUAGUCUUUUUUAUGUUUGUAUCAUAGCAUUGUUUUUCUUGAUGUUAACAUGUUGUGUUGUUUUAUACCUGCUGACUGCAACACUAGAACAAGAUAUUAGCAUUUCUAAUGUGUGAAGUCGACUCUCUGAAAGAACUCAAGCUUCAUUAACGUCAGUCUGUAAUUACCAUUAUGAUGUUAAUAAUGUACAUUUUGUCUUUGGUUUCUACAUAAUAAAAUGUAUUUUAAAAGAGAAA